AUGAAUUUCAUGAACAUGGUGAAGAAGCCCAUGGACCACAUCAAGAGACCAAUGAAUGCCUUUAUGGUCUGGUCGCGAGGUCAGAGAAGACAGAUGGCAUUGGAGAAUCCAAAGAUGCACAACUCUGAGAUCAGCAAGAGACUCGGUGCCGAGUGGAAAAUGCUCUCUGAGUCUGAAAAAAGACCAUACAUCGACGAGGCCAAAAGAUUACGCGCCCAACAUUUGAGAGAGCAUCCAGAUUACAAAUAUCGACCAAGACGCAAACCCAAGAGUUUGCUGAGGAAGGAAAGACUAUUCGCUUUGCCAUAUCUUGGAGAAGAUUUUCGAGGGAUCUCAUCCGAUGCCUAUUUGGUCCCACCAGACAAACCACUAUCUCUCCACGCAGCUGCGCCCUUGCAACAUGCUUUCGUGGAAAUGAAUCUGAACAAUAACACUACUUUUGAACAUGAACAAGUGCUUCCACACGCUUUAACAUCUGGAUCGGUACCUUUCGCCCCAGCUUUGGGAUAUCAGAGUGGUCACAGGCCCAUUGCGAGUCUGGGAUGCCCCGGUCAGUAUGUGCACACAAACCCCGGAUACCUGGUGCCAUGUAACUGUUCGCCAUGGUCUUCUGCGAGUUUGACACCUCCAGUUGCCUACAUAGUUUUUCCCGGUAUGGGCAAGACUGGAAUAAACUCUGCAGCGCUGGUGAAUCCGUGA